UCAUGGCAAAGGGCGGAGGGAGGAAAGAGGUGGGGAGGAUGGGGGGGACAAUGGCUCAUGUAGGAAAGGUAAGUCAAUAUUACGUUUUCUCGCUGACAAAGGCAAAUUAAGCCAUGUUUUUGCUUGCAAACAAGUAACAUUUAACGCCUCAGAUCUGGAACUCGGCGCUGUCGCCAUUUUCAGGAGGCCGUCCUGCGCUGGCGUUUCACGGAUUGAAAUCUGGAUAUUAAAGGCUACGGGACUAGAAUCAGAUUGUAUUUCAGCUGUAACGGAGGACAUCAUCCACCAAACUACUUGACAACCGUCCACCAAACUACUUGACAACGAACCGAACUCACUCAAACAAAAGCAGACAUACAGAGAAAAUACUAAGGAAAUAUUCAGUGAUUCAGAAAAUGAGUUUCGGGGCGAGCUCCUGAAUCAGCGUUGGACUCGAGGUGAGAGGAUCAGCCGCUGCCAGCCCACACAGAGGCUGCAGAGUAGACCAAUCAAAAUGAGUGUGGAGAGUGAUGACAAGCGAAGCACACGCACACGCUCCAAGGGAAUCAGAGUUCCCACCGAGCUCGUUGGACAAGAGCUGAGCUGCCCCACCCCUGGAUGCCAUGGCUUUGGCCACAUCAGUGGGAGAUAUUCACGACACAGAAGUGUGCUGGGCUGCCCAUUGGCCAGGAAGAGACGUCUGGCAGAAGCUGAGGCAGAGCAGGAGCAGCCAUCCUCUAAAAGGAAGUCCCACCCUCUAAAGCUGGCCAUGGAUGAGGGCUUCAGCAUGGACAGUGAUGGGAGCAGUGAGGAGGAGGUGGAGGGGGAGGCCAGGGAGGAGGAAGAGGAGGAGAAGGAGGAUAAGACAGAGGAACAGCCACAGGCACAGCAGGAAGAAAAGCCAGAGGAGGAGCAGGAGGAAGAGGAGGAAGAGGAGGAAAAGGAGCAGAAAGAGGAGAGCAUAGAUGCAGAUGAAGAAGAAUGCAUGAUCAUUGAGCCGGGAUCCAGUAAAACAGCAUGUAAAGCUGAGCAGGGGGAAUGGCCUAAGAGAGAGGACUACUCCAGCUACCAUCAGAUCCUAGCCAACUCUCUACUAUACCUGGGUGGGGCCCCCGACACCGCAGAGACCACCUCACAGGAGCUCGUUACCAUGGAGACAGAGAAGGAUAUCACAGCUGUGGAGCACGCCACUGUGGCAGUGGAACACUCAGUAGAGGAGGAGGAAGAGGAGGAAGAGGAGGAAGAGGAGGAGGAGGAAGAUGAGAUUGAGGAGACUAGGGAGGCUGUGACACAGAGAACCUUUGAGCACCCGUAUUUUACUGGAGACAUUCACCAGCAGCAGGACAAGGCUGAGGAAGACGAGGAGGAGGAAGAGUAUGAAGAGGAGAGGAGAGAAGCGGAGCACCAGCCACAGGAGAUCCUGGAUGAAGAGGAGGAGGAAGAUGACAUUGAGGAGGUGGAUGAGAGAGUGCACCCUGUCGUCCUGCCCACCUCUACCUCCAUUAGCAGCAAUGCAGCAGCUCAGGGACCAGCCACACAGGGGGACAGAACUACAGAGCACUACAUGCCCAAAAGGACCAGCCUCCUGGAGAACUACAACCCCCACAGGACCAGCCCACGGGAGAACUACAACCCCCACAGGACCAGCCUCCUGGAGAACUACAGGACCAGCCCACUGGAGAACUACAAUCCCCACAGAGUCAGCCCCUUACAGCAUUACAUCUCCCAUAAGGCCUCAGCAGCCUCUGACAUAAUCGAGGUGCGCUCAGAGGAUUCGGGGAAGGACUAUGAAGAUGAAGAUGGUGAUGAGGAGGGGGAGGAGGAGGAGGAGGAAGAUGAUAGUUUGUCUCAGAGGUGGACGGAUGAGUCAGAGACGUAUGAUAUGACCCGGGGAAAUCUGGGGCUCCUGGAGCAGGCCAUCGCCCUGAAGGCAGAACAGGUGAAGGGGCCUCGCGACCUCCUCCUCCUCCGUCACCCCGCCGUCACCCCGGAGCUCCACCACCGCUACUUCAGCAUGGACAACCGGCCCAAACACCUGAACGCCAUGCGCAACAGCUGCUUCAGCAGCAAAGCUGUCUCUACAGAGGGCAGCAGGCCAGAGAAGAGGGAGAUCAAAUGCCCCACCCCUGGCUGUGACGGGACUGGUCACGUUACUGGACUCUACCCCCACCACCGCAGCCUGUCUGGUUGUCCACACAAGGACAGGAUCCCUCCUGAGAUCCUGGCCAUGCAUGAGAACGUGCUGAAGUGUCCUACUCCAGGCUGCACUGGACAGGGUCAUGUUAACAGCAACCGCAAUACCCACCGCAGUUUGUCAGGAUGCCCCAUCGCAGCCGCAGAGAAGCUGUCCAAGAGCCUCAACCUUGACAAGCAGCAUCUCUCCCAGCCAAUCAGAGAGCACCUCAAAGAAAGUCCCAACAACAAUGACCGAGUCCUGAGGCCCAUGUGUUUUGUGAAGCAACUGGAGGUGCCUCAUUAUAGGCAGUACAGGCCCAACAUGAUACCCGCCACACCUCGUGCCAACCUGGCCAAGGAGCUGGAGAAGUACUCCAAGGUCUCCUUUGAUUAUGCAAGCUUCGACUGUCAGGUUUUUGGAAAGCGUGUGCUUGCUUCAAAUAUACCGACCAGCGAAACCUCACCCAAAGCCUUCAAAUCUAAAGUCUCGUCAUCAAAGUCUUCUUCUCCCAGCCUCAGCCUGCAUGGAGGCUAUGGAAAGACUGCCUCCUCUUCUGCCUACGACUACUCCCAUGAAGCCCAGGCAGCCCACAUGGCUGCUACAGCCAUCCUCAACCUGUCCACGCGCUGCUGGGAGAGGCCUGAGAACCUGAGCACCAAGCACCAGGACCUGGCCAGCAAGGACAUCGGGGUGGAUGAAAAUGGCACUCUGGACCUGAGCAUGAAGAAGCCCGUCAAACGAGAGGGUUCCAGCCCUGGGUUGUGCUCCCCAGACCCUUCCUCCUCUUCCUCCCUGCACCACGGGGGCAGCAGUGGCAUGACCUCGCCCCACACAGGCCACGCCUACAAACAGGAACACUGGGAGGAGCCUCUGGACUACACCAAACCCAACCGCCAGCGAGAGGAGGAUGUAGAGGAGCUGGAGCACCACACAGUGCGGUCGUUUGCCUCGUCCGACCCUGAGGACAUGGACCUGAUGCAGGACUACCCCCAGGAGAGGAAGUACCCUGGAGAGGUCACCACCCCAAACUUCAAGGUCCAGUUCCAACAACCCAAGGACUGCAAGAAAGAUCUGCUCCUGUGCCCCACUCCUGGCUGUGACGGCAGUGGCCACAUCACUGGAAACUAUGCAUCCCAUCGCAGUCUGUCUGGCUGUCCUCUUGCUGAUAAGAGUCUUCGUUCCCUCAUGGCGGCCCACUCUGCUGAGCUCAAAUGCCCCACUCCAGGAUGUGAUGGUUCAGGACAUAACACUGGAAACUACGCCUCCCACAGAAGUUUGUCUGGGUGCCCGCGUGCCAAGAAAGGUGGAUUAAAAACAACUCCCACCAAGGACGACAAGGAGGACUCCGAGCUCUUAAAAUGCCCCGUGCCUGGCUGUGACAGCCUGGGUCACAUCAGUGGGAAGUACGCCACUCAUCGCAGUGCCUAUGGGUGCCCGCUAGCUGCCCGCAGGCAGAAGGAGGGGAUGCUCAACGGUAACCCUUUCUCCUGGAAGGCCUUCAAGACAGAGGCCCCCAACUGCCCCACCCCCGGCUGUGAUGGAUCAGGACACGCCAACGGCAGCUUCCUCACACACCGCAGUCUCUCUGGCUGUCCCAGAGCCUCCUUUGCCAGAAAGAAAACCAAGAUCCCUGGAGAUGAAUACCUGAGCACCAAGUUCAGGGCCAGCGACGUUCUGAAUAAUGACGAGGACAUCAAGCAACUCAACAAGGAGAUCAAUGAGCUCAAUGAGACCAACAACGAGAUGGAGACAGACAUGGUGAACCUGCAGACACAGAUCUUAUCCAUGGAGAAGAACCUGAAGAACAUUGAGGUGGAGAACAAGCUGAUUGAGGAGCAGAACGAGACGCUCUUCAUGGAGUUAUCUGGCCUCAGCCACGCCCUGAUCCGCAGCCUGGCCAACAUACGCAUCCCACACAUGCAGGAGCCAAUCACUGAGCAGAAUUUCGACAGAUACGUGAGCACCCUGACUGACAUGUACACCAAUAAGGAACGCUUCCAGAACCCGGAGAACAAGGCGCUUCUGGAGAGCAUCAACAAGGCUGUGAAGAGCAUCAAGGUGUGAAAACCUCCACGAGGAAGAAGAGUGAAAACAUGUAAAAGGAGAGAGAUGGCGUCAAGAGACUAGAGUAUAUUUAAAGAGAAUACGAAUACAAAAAGGGCAUUCAGGUUUUAUAAAUGGCAACUUAAAUUAAUCCCAGGGAGCAUUCUGUAAAGAAGAAAACGUAACUAGGACCAAAAUCCAAACAUGCUGCUGCUGGGAUUGGAAGGAGGAAGUGGAAUGGAACCAAUUCCUUUGGUUUGAAUUGAUGAACAAAAUAUAUAUCUGGGGUUUUGUUUCUUUGUUUUAUGUUACCUUCAUCGUUUUCAUGUAUGUCCUGUUUUGGAGGCAUCUGUGUUUUGGAGGCAUCUGUGUUUUGGAGGCAUCUGUGUUUUGGAGGCAUCUGUGUUUUGGAGGCAUCUUUUUGACUGUCCCAAUUCAUACUGUAAUUCAAGCUUUAGUUCAGCAACAAUUUGGAGAAGAAAGAAAGAAAGAAAGAACGAAGGAUGGAAGUAGUGGUAUGAUGUCAGAUGGUAUGAGGUGAAGAAAACCCACUGGAAAACUGUCCACAUUGUGUCCCAGAAAAGACACAAAGGCUUCAGAAAUGUUGUUCUGGGGCAGGAUAAGGUGAGAGUGCUUGUGUAUGAGUGGGUAGUGUGUGAUACUGAGCACUGCAGCACUCCUAUCGAGUAGAAGUGAAUGGAGAAUCCCUGAACUCUGGGGUCUUCUUGAGCAAUGGUUAAUGUGCUUAGUGUUGUUACUGCAGCAAGAUGUCAACAUGACUCCAUGUCUUGUCUCAAUUCAGAGGAAAACAGCGAAGAUUAAGUCACAAAUCACUGGUUUCUUUUUCCUCUACUGAAAAUCAACAACCUUCUCUAUAUUUCUGAUGGAAGAUCUGAGAGCAACAGAUGCAGCCUUCUUUCUUUGAACUGAAUGAUGAUGGUAAUAGAGUGCACACUUGUCUAUUCCUGUUAGUUUGUGGUACAAUAUUUAUUGUUAUAUAAAUUAUUUAAAUUUGUGAAUGCGCAAAUUGUGAUGUAUUGUAAUUGUAUGUGUAUUUAUUUGAUUUGGUCUAUUUAUUAAUUUUUUUAAACUUUAUAUUUAGUAAAUCAAAAAAUGCAACCCUGCUGGUCUAUCAUGGCCAUAAAGAUUUAAAAUAGGGAGUCUUCUACAUCAAUAUUUAAAAAGCUAUAUAGACAACUGUCCACACUUGAUUAUUUUAUAUAUCUUAUUUUAUUUUAAAUAAUUUGUAAACAUUUUUAAUUGCAAAUAUUUUAUAACUGACAAAGUUUUGAUAAUUUUAUAAAAGUUUUCUCCUUCAUUUAUGUUAUUUCCUUUAUCUGUAAAGUAUCUUCAGAUACCCACGGCUUAAAAAGAAAGUAUGUAUUUAUUAUUUAUUUAAUAUUAAAUAUUGAUAUGAUUGUAUAUUUAUUUUGCUAUUUAUGUGUGUGUUGUGAUGGGUAUCAGUAGUCUUAAAGUCCAUUGCUAAUAUUUAAAUAAAAUUAAAAACCAUUCUCAGAAAGAAUAAAUAGAAUAUUGUUUGAUUACUUAGGCUUUCCUAGAUAUACCAGCAGUUGUAAAAGCAAAAUAACCAACGAAAGCAAUCACUGUUCUGUUGGUGUCAGAGUGGCUUUGUGUCAUCGAUGAUUUAUUUGCUUUUUGUCAGGAAAAAUGAAGACCAAGAAAAUAGACAGAUAUAAGGAUCAAAUGUUACCUCUCCAAGCGCUUUGUAGCGGCCAACACUGGCUUACCCAAAACAUCUUUAAUGUACUGUAGAUGUUUUAAUGCCUUUUGAUAAAUUAUUUUUCUCUUUUCAUUAUUUUCUCUCAAUGUGUUGAGCAGAAGCUCCAUAGAGCUCUGUUCCAGAAGUGUUCCAUCUAAACUGGAUGUCUUGGUCCAAAACACAUCUUCAAGGAAAAACUAAACCAUCAAGGAGGAUGACUUCUUUGACAAUUUAUAUCACAUACACUUCUACGCCCUUGUAGCCUUAUUGUAGAUGACAUUUGUUGACGCACAAAGUGCCACUACCACUCAGUUUCUUUCCUGAUUCUUUGCAUUCUGCCAUGUACGAUGUCUGGUCACAUGACACGACCAGGGCAUCAGACCGAGAGUUGGGAUUGUUUCAGAUGCCUUUGUUUCUUUGCCAAGAUGGCCAUAAGUACACUAUAUAUACAUUCUGUAUAAAUAGAGUUUAAAAUGCUAUAUAUAUAUGAAUAGAAACAUACAUAUAUUUUUCCAGUGUAAUUGUUGACUAUUUUUCUCUUGUAUUAACUUAUCAAAGGAACAGUAGUUGUCUGAGAGUUGUGACGACUGGAGGUGGUUAUGACUGUGGUGUUAAAGAUACUCAACAAAACUGUCAUUGUUUUUUAGGUUUCCUUUUCUUCUCUAUCCUUGAUCCAGACAUGAUGAUAAUAAUAAUAAUAAUAAUAAUACAUGGGACUUAUAUAGUGCUUUUUCAAGGACCCAAAGUCGACAUGUUGUAAAUGCUAAUGUCUGUUGUAAUGAAUCUGAAAUGACUGUCGUUUUAACUAAAUGGUUGGCUCUUUGUUCAAGUGUCAUGUGAGUGAGUUCAUGUAUAGAGGACUCUUCAUAGUAGUCACAUUGGCUCUAUAUUGUGCAGUACUGUGUCGUUAUGAUAAGGUUAUGAUCAUGUCAGCCCACUGAGAGGAGUUUUUAAACACGGAUCACAAUGUUAAAAAGCCAAUAGGGAAAGUGUAGUACUUGCUCUGAGUGAUCUGUUGCAGCUAGUGGGAGACCCUGUGAUAAUCUGAUGAGGUAGCCUAGUGGGAGACCCUGUGAUAAUAUAAUGAGGUAGCCUAGUGGGAGACCCUGUGAUAAUCUGAUGAGGUAGCCUAGUGGGAGACCCUGUGAUAAUAUGAUGAGGUAACCUAGUGGGAGACCCUGUGAUAAUCUGAUGAGGUAGCCUAGUGGGAGACCCUGUGAUAAUCUGAUGAGGUAACCUAGUGGGAGACCCUGUGAUAAUCUGAUGAGGUAGCCUAGUGGGAGACCCUGUGAUAAUAUGAUGAGGUAGCCUAGUGGGAGACCCUGUGAUAAUAUGAUGAGGUAGCCUAGUGGGAGACCCUGUGAUAAUAUAAUGAGGUAGCCUAGUGGGAGACCCUGUGAUAAUCUGAUGAGGUAGCCUAGUGGGAGACCCUGUGAUAAUAUGAUGAGGUAACCUAGUGGGAGACCCUGUGAUAAUCUGAUGAGGUAGCCUAGUGGGAGACCCUGUGAUAAUCUGAUGAGGUAACCUAGUGGGAGACCCUGUGAUAAUCUGAUGAGGUAGCCUAGUGGGAGACCCUGUGAUAAUAUGAUGAGGUAGCCUAGUGGGAGACCCUGUGAUAAUAUGAUGAGGUAGCCUAGUGGGAGACCCUGUGAUAAUAUAAUGAGGUAGCCUAGUGGGAGACCCUGUGAUAAUAUGAUGAGGUAGCCUAGUGGGAGACCCUGUGAUAAUAUAAUGAGGUAGCCUAGUGGGAGACCCUGUGAUAAUAUGAUGAGGUAGCCUAGUGGGAGACCCUGUGAUAAUAUGAUGAGGUAGCCUAGUGGGAGACCCUGUGAUAAUAUGAUGAGGUAACCUAGUGGGAGACCCUGUGAUAAUAUGAUGAGGUAGCCUAGUGGGAGACCCUGUGAUAAUAUGAUGAGGUAACCUAGUGGGAGACCCUGUGAUAAUAUGAUGAGGUAGCCUAGUGGGAGACCCUGUGAUAAUCUGAUGAGGUAACCUAGUGGGAGACCCUGUGAUAAUAUGAUGAGGUAGCCUAGUGGGAGACCCUGUGAUAAUCUGAUGAGGUAACCUAGUGGGAGACCCUGUGAUAAUAUGAUGAGGUAGCCUAGUGGGAGACCCUGUGAUAAUAUGAUGAGGUAACCUAGUGGGAGACCCUGUGAUAAUAUGAUGAGGUAGCCUAGUGGGAGACCCUGUGAUAAUAUGAUGAGGUAACCUAGUGGGAGACCCUGUGAUAAUAUGAUGAGGUAGCCUAGUGGGAGACCCUGUGAUAAUAGGAUGAGGUAGCCUCGUGGGAGACCCUGUGAUAAUCUGAUGAGGUAACCUAGUGGGCAUGGAUGGAGUAAUUAGCUUUUAGCCAGUGUAAUGAAACUCUCUUGGGCACUUUUUUAAAAACCAUUGAAAAUGCGAGCAUUUGAGUAUGGACUUUUUAGAACACACUGGGUUAUGGUCACUAGCAAAGUACCGGUAUUCAACCCCAGCAGAAGAAACAAAGAACUGCAUAUUUGACCUGUUUUGUUAUAUUUCAUGUACAUCUAAAGACUGAUAUGUAGAAUGCCCUUUGCAUCAGUGUCCGUGGGGUUGAUUCAAUUGAUGCUAUCGUGUUUUUAUACAUGCCAGUAAUACUUUUCAGACCAAGCAUUUUGUCCAACCCAUCUAUUGUUUUCAUAGACGGGAAACAGAGUUUGGCUCGCAGGUUACUGGAAAGAACUGACUAAAUCUACAUAAUAAUACGAUACUAGGGCAUUAGCCAAAGCUUGCGGCGAUAGCAGGGAUUGGAUCAAAGCCCUCCAAGUGAAAAGAGAGGAACGUGUGGGAGUGGAGAUUGAUUUGCAGCAUUAGAGGUCUCCCUCUUGGUUUGGAAGAGGUGUUUGUUGCAUAAAUAUGUGUCCAUUACUCAGAUUGUCAAAACCUUUUAAUGGCUUCUCCCCUUCUGUAUUGUGUAACCUUUACUCAGGAAGGAGUUCUUGAUGCAUUUAGUUAAGAAAGUAGCUUAUUCUUCGUCCUCCCUUUAGUGCAUGAGCAUACAACACUACGAGAGUAUUAAGGUUGUGAUUAUUCUCGUAUCUUAUUUGAUAUGGCAUGACCCCUUUUAAACUAGUUGAACAGCACUGAGAUACAGAGAUUAAAUAGCAAAAUGACAGUCCAACACAUUUAUAAAGAUAGGUACAGAACUCAAUGUAAUCAAGAGGGUUAACAACAACAGCUUUUCCAUUUGAUAGUGAGUGAAGGACAUAUUCUUCAUAUAAGGAGUUUAUGUCUUCUGUAUUUGUAAUGGUUCAGUAUUUUCUAAAUGGUCUAUUGUGACGGGAUAGAAGCACUGAAGCUGGACUGUGUCCCAUUGGCACUGACUAGGAUGUUUGACAGGUCGGUAAAAUACAUGGUCACGUUACUCCAACCAAGGUAAUGCUGCGUGAAACUACAUUUGACUAAAUGUAUGAUAACGUUCAUGUCUGCGGAUGAAACGUGAUGGAGGAAGAUGGAUGACAUAUUGUACCAUGGCAUGUGAUUGUAACAUGGCAUGUGAUUGUAACAUGGCAUGUGAAACUAUCCAUUUCAGUUGAUAGUUGUGAAUGAUGUGGUCUCAUGUAGUGGUUGUAAAAGUACAGUGUUGCAUAUGAAAGCACAGUGUGUCUGUUUGCUCUGAUAAACAAUGAUCACAUACCUGUGAAUCUCCCUGAAUAAUGGUACAUAUAAAGAAAAAAGACCUAAUAUGUCAGUCUGUGAUAGGCCAGGAUACACAGAGAUCCCGUGUCUUCUCUUUCCUGGUCUCCUCCACCAGUUAAAGGGAGGACAGGCAGGGCCACAGUCGAGUACCCUGUGAACACGAGGAAAGAUAUCCCAAAGUUCCCUAUUCCGAGCUAGGUGCUGUACACAUCUGGAGGCCCCUGAGAAUGGUCCCCUGAUUCUGUUCUCUUCAGGGAAAGACAAGGGAGGAACCCAAUCAUUAGGUGCCUAUACUUCAAAACAUUCUCAUCCAAUUCAGAAACUCAAAAAUGUAAGAAAAAAAUGGAAGUAGAUCACAUGAAAGGCAUAAAGGCAUGUCUAGUAGAAUGGUAGAAUGUGUCAUUGAGCUAAUCAAACCAAAACCAAACUCCCUCUAUAGAUACUGUAGCUUAUAGCUGUGUGCUUUUAUCAUGUGUGCCUUUCUCGCUCCACUCAUUGCAAGCAAAGGUAUGUUUACAUUUGAAGAAGCUGGUUCAAAUCCUGCUCAAGAGGUUGGCAGGGGUGAAGACACCUUUUUCAGAGGGUUGGGGGGCUAUUCUAAAAAAGCUGAUUAAAUAUGUCUUUGACAGGCAGGCAGGAGAAGAUACUACAACUGUUGCCGUGGUGACACAUUCAUGCUGUUACAGAGACACAAAACAUCAAUAUGUUAUAAUGGUAAAGAAACUGUGACCUAAUUACGAUGAUUCAGGUACCAAACUGCAUGGACAGUUUCUGUGAAGGAAAAAUCAAAUGAAAAUAAACUUUAUUAUAGAUAAUGCAUUAGUGUGUAGGGCAUUAUUUUUUAAACAAGUUGAAGCCUCUGUACAUAUUUGUAUUAAAGAACAGUGUUAUUGUUGUUGUAUUAAAGAAAAGUUCAACAAAAAAAAGUACAUAGAGUUAGUGACAAAAUCCACAGCCAAGGGUUGUCCUGCUAGACCAUUUUUACAGAGAUGAGCUAUUUUUACCGGCGCUUUUCUAGGCAGUCAGAUGAUUAAUAUCCUUUUGGAAAUUACAAACUUCCAAAAUUACAAGCACUUCCACAAUGAUAGAUAGUAAGGAUUUGUGUUACUUUUGUAGAGGUGGUUGUUCCUUUGCUACGAUUGUUUUGUAAAUCAGGACAACCCUGGGCUAUGUGUUCUCUGGGUCUCCUGUUAUCUUUUGGAAGUUAACUCUGUAGUUGGGCUGAAAUUGUGACUCUGUGUUUGUUCCCAUGUUCCUGUGUCAGUGUCAUAAACUAGAGAAGUGAUGUCAGUUAUUGUGGGCGUAUCAACCAUUUGAAUGUUAUCAAUAAAAAAUAAAAAAAAACAUUAAUAAAGAAUUAUAGACAAUA